GGGUCAGGCUGGGCCAUUGGCACAGACAUUCCAUGAUUCUGCUGUUGCCUGCGGGGAGCGGAAGCCCAGCAGCAGAAAGGCCUGCAUUGAUCUGUCAGAGCUUGCCUGCCAGCCCGUGCCCACCCUGGCCAAGUCAGGAAUAUUAAAGCCUGCAAACAUUUCCUUUAUUUCUGCUCAGAGCUCGGCAUUACCAUAUGGAAAGACACUGGAGUGAAGUGCUGGUAAUGGAGAAUGUUCAGAACAGGUGUUGUAAAAAACACAAAUGAGAGGUACUGUAUCUUAAGAUAAGACUGGUUAGGAAGAUUCCCCACAAUGGAGGAAAGAUAGCUGUUGGAAUUUGACGGUAUUUCCAGAAGCUGUUUGCUCCCACUGAGCUGGGAGGGGAGGGCUUGUAGGUGGGUAAGCACACAGAGCAUUUCUUUUGGUCUAUGCCAACACUGAAGCUUCCUGAUAGACCUUGCCUAUUGUAAACUGCAGCCGAAAUUGACAUCCCCAAGACAGGCCUGAUGACAAGUUGUACCUCAUUGUUAGGGCUUCAGGUUGAUCCAAGUGCUUUUAGAACUGUUGACCAAGCUCUGUUGCUAGGGAUUUUAAAACAAAUUGUCUGACCUUCCUAUUCUGCAAGAUACUUGAACCAGCUGCUGAAGAACACUAAUGCUGUAGCAGGUUAAAAUUAUCACUUAAAGCCACAAAAUAGCAGCAUUUCUCUGUGUGCAUGUGGCAGUUCUUGCCCUGCACAGCAGCAGUGUCAUCAUCCAUAGUACUGAUUCCUGGCAGAUUCAGAUGUUAAAUGUAGAGGUUAUGCCAUUUGGGCAGGCACAAGUACAUCAUUGAUGGCUCUCUGCUGCAUAGUAAGUCUAACAUGCCCAAAAAAAAAAAAAGCUGAGCUGUGUGUGCUUUGCUUAGCAAGGAUGUAGCCUUCCCUGUAGGAGACAGGGAAUGAAAUCUUGAAGUAAGAUUCCUAUUUUAGAAUUUUUCCUGUACUUCUUGUAACACGAAGCCAUUUUGUUUCUAUUAGUGACAGACUGUAACCUUCCUAAAUCCCUGUUAUUAAUAGCUUUUUUUAUUCUUUCUGAGGUACUGUUCAAAAGACAGCUCAGGGUUUUCUCCAUUUUGGGUAACGCUUACUGUGCUUGUGAGUUGUAUCAUCCCACUGCCACUGUAAAUUACUGCAGGAAAAAGGAAGUACAGCAGUGACAGAAAGAAGAACAGCAUGAGCCAUGUGCUCACCCUCCCAGAAGGUGGAAUGAGCCACUUGCGGGAUAAUUGUGCUCUCACAGAUUGCACACUGCAGGGUACUAGAAGGGAUCUAAAGGAGAAGCUGGUAGCUGCUGAUUCUUUGCUUCUGUAGUUGAAAGACUGGGUGUAGGUAGGUGAAAUGGUGUGGCAGAAAAGCAGAGCAGCUGGCACCAGAAUGAGCCUGACUGUGGAAAUGCUUUCCUUUUUCUUGCUGUUCUGUACAGGUUGAAUUCCUUUGUGUUCUGUGGCUUUGCCUCCAUUGCAUUGGAUAAUAAUGACCUUAAAGGACUAUAAAGUAACAAAGGGAGAAAAAUAUCAAAUCCCUAGUCUUGCAUGGUGAGGUUUCCAGUUUCUGAGAGUCUGUGGCCAGCUGCCUUUUUCCAGUAAGGAUAAGGUGCCUGUGAGGCUGCAGACCCGCAACAGGAAACUACAUAAAAUGGUUGUGUGAAUAGCACUGAAAGGGAAUAAUGCUGCUGGGAGACUGUAAUGGAUUAUGCUAGGGAACAGUCCUGAAAUCAUGCCAUGCAGUUUUCUUUGAGGAAGAAGUAUUACCAAGGAUGCUCUGAAUGUGGCACAGCGUGUUCUAGUGACUGCUGCAGUGGUGCUGAUGUGAAACCCCACAUUCAGCUCAGCAUGACUGAACUCUUUAGCAAAGCCUUGGAUGGCUGGAAUGGUGAAGGAGCAAAGUCUCAUUGUAGCCACAAUGGCAACCUCAUCUGAAGAAGUGUUGCUGAUAGUGAAGAAGGUGCGUCAGAAGAAGCAGGAUGGGGCCCUGUACCUGAUGGCCGAGCGCAUUGCCUGGGCGCCCGAGGGCAAGGACCGCUUCACCGUCAGCCACAUGUAUGCGGACAUCAAAUGCCAGAAAAUCAGUCCAGAAGGUAAAGCUAAAAUUCAGCUGCAGCUGGUAUUGCAUGCAGGGGACACAACCAACUUCCACUUCUCCAAUGAAAGCACAGCAGUGAAGGAGCGAGAUGCGGUCAAGGAUCUUCUUCAACAGCUCUUGCCCAAGUUCAAAAGGAAAGCUAAUAAAGAGCUUGAGGAGAAGAACAGAAUGCUGCAAGAAGAUCCCGUUUUGUUUCAGCUCUAUAAAGACCUCGUUGUGAGCCAAGUAAUCAGUGCUGAAGAAUUCUGGGCCAACCGUUUAAGCCUGAAUGCAGGGGAUAAUUCUGCAGCACCUAACAAGCAGGAUGUGGGCAUCUCUGCAGCAUUCCUGGCUGAUGUACGGCCUCAGACAGACGGCUGCAACGGGCUGAGGUACAACUUGACUUCGGAUAUUAUUGAAUCCAUAUUUCGGACAUACCCUGCAGUAAAAAUGAAAUAUGCAGAAAAUGUUCCACAUAACAUGACUGAGAGGGAAUUCUGGACACGAUUUUUUCAGUCUCAUUAUUUUCAUCGGGACAGGCUCAAUACAGGCUCAAAAGACCUCUUUGCAGAAUGUGCCAAACUGGAUGAGAAAGGGUUAAAAGCAAUGGUGUCUCAAGGAGUGAAAAACCCUCUGAUAGAUUUAACAGCUUUGGAAGAUAAAACAUUAGAUGAAGGCUAUGGUGUUGCUUCUGUGGCCUCUACAUCAAAUGCUUCAAAGUCUGCUAGAGAAAGCAGCAAUGCUGCCAUCAUAAAACGCUUUAAUCAUCAUAGUGCCAUGGUCCUUGCAGCUGGCCUCAGGAAACAAGAAGCACAAAAUGACCAUUACAGUGAGACCAGCAGUACGGAUGGAAACUCCAGGGAUUCAGAUUUCUUUCAGCCACCACUGAAAAAGGUAAAACUGCAGGAGGCCAUUGAAUACGAAGAUUUAUCAAAGAAUAAUAGCGUUAAAACUAUUGCACUAAACUUAAAGAAGUCUGAUAGGUAUUACCAUGGUCCAACUCCAAUUCAAUCACAGCAAUAUGCAACCAGUCAGGAUAUAAUUAAUUCAUUUAAUAGUAUUAGACAAGAAAUGGAAGCAUAUGUACCCAAACUAACUCAGGUUCUUUCAAGUGGUGAUGCUGCCAGCACUAUUGCAGUCCUGUCACCUGGAGGAGCACUUAUGCAGGGUGGAACCCAGCAAGCCAUAAACCAGAUGGUGCCAAAUGACAUUCAGUCUGAACUAAAACACUUGUACGUGGCAGUAGGGGAACUGCUACGACACUUCUGGUCCUGCUUUCCUGUUAACACGCCAUUCCUAGAAGAAAAGGUUGUGAAAAUGAGGAGCAACUUAGAAAGAUUUCAGGUUACAAAACUCUGCCCAUUCCAAGAAAAGAUUCGGAGACAAUAUUUAAGCACAAAUUUGGUAAGUCAUAUAGAAGAGAUGCUGCAGACAGCCUACAAUAAGUUCCACACGUGGCAGUCCCGGCGCAUGCUGAAGAAGACGUGAGGGCACAUCCUGUACAGUCUGAGAGCAAAGCCUGCAAUAGGGUAGGACUACAGCCUAGGUAUGUGCAGAUCUUAGAGUUGUUGCAGGAAGACCUGCAAGCUGUGGACUUCUGGAAACGAUGCUAACUGAACUUGCACAUUUUUGAAAAAGAACUGAGAUUAAACUUGAAAACUGGGGAGAAAAACAAGGAAGAACCAAAACGGAAGAGCUGAGGCGCAAAUAUAUUUAAAAGACACUGUUUACUGCAGUUACUCAGGAACUGCUUUUGAUUUGCAUAAAAAGCUGCUUUCAGAAAUAAAAAAUUUAAAGAGGGUGUAUUAAUAAAAUUUGUUUUUCUGUCUAAUUUUUUUUUAAGAAGUGUAUGGCACAGGGUAGAUCUCAAAAGUUUUUCUUCACUGGAUUCUGACAUUUUCUUGAAUUUUGUUUGUAUUUCCUGCAACAGUUUAACAAUGAUGUUUUAAAACAUACCUGAGACUGUUUUUGCUUCAAACAUCUGGGAGAGUGUAGCUGUCAGAAGACAAGCUCCUGCCAUAUGUUUCCCCACCAAUUGGAAACAAGAGACAUUGCACUGAAAGCUGUUCAUGGUCUGGGGUCCCUAAAGGUACACAGGGGCAAGCUUUUGCCUGACGUCUUCGAUUUUUAUGCAAAAAAUCUUCAGCCAUCAGUUUUGCAUGUUUCCUUUUGAGUGCAAGUGUGUGCUACUGCAGUCUUUUUUUUUUUUUUUAAAUGGUGGCAUUUGUUCUGAGGAGAGAAUGCAUUUUUAAAAAUGAAGUUAAAUAAAGUUUCUUACAAAAG